UCAAUAAAAAAGUCCGUAACUUAGGAAUUUGCACCAUGCUGAAGCCAUCCCAUCCAUCCACAACUCUGCUCUGCUGUAGUGCUGUGUAACCGUUCCCUCCCACGCGGCAAAUCAUCUUCUUUAAUUUUUUCAGCUUUUCUCAGAACUUAAUUGCUUUUUCCGGCGACGUGAACUACUAAAAAUGUCAUCAUCGGCGGUGAGAAGCAAGAACUCCGGCAACGACGACGAAGCCAAACACUAUCCUCCCCCACUCGCCUCUCACAACGACGUCGUUAACGACCCUACUCUCUUUUGGGACACUCUUCGUCGCUUUCACUUUCUCAUGGCUACCAAAUUCAUGAUUCCUGUGAUUGGUGGUAAGGAGCUUGAUUUGCACGUUCUCUACGUGGAAGUUACAAGGAGAAGCGGUUAUGAGAAGGUUGUUGCAGAGAAGAAAUGGAGAGAAGUAGGUAGUGUAUUUAGAUUCUCAUCUACUACUACAAGCGCUUCUUUUGUACUAAGAAAACACUAUUUGAAUCUUCUUUAUCAUUACGAACAAGUUCACUUCUUCAAAGUUCAGGGUCCUGUUUACACCCCCUCACCAGAUGCAUUUUCUGGUAACAGUCCAUCUUGGAAACCGGAAUUAGCUAUUGUUCAAUAUUCACCUAAAAUGGUAAAUUAUAGUGCUGAAUCUCACGAUGAAGUUGAUGUAGAUAAUUCAUUACUUUUGGGAAAAGGAACAAUAGAAGGAAAAUUUGAUUGUGGUUAUUUAGUGUCAGUGGAAUUGGGUUCAGAAGUUCUCAAAGGGGUGCUUUACCAUCAAGAAAAAGUGGUUUCUCCUUCAUCAUUGGUUACACAACACAACGGUGCCAUUGAGCCAUUCAAUCACCAAACUCAUCGCUUGGGUAGGAGGAAGAGAAGAAAAAGAAAGUGGGAUCCCAACUAUCCAAAGCCAAAUAGGAGUGGCUAUAACUUUUUCUUUGCUGAAAAGCAUUACAAGCUCAAAGAACUCUACCCAAACAGAGAAAGGGAGUUUACCAAAAUGAUUGGUCAGUCCUGGAAUAGUCUCAGCCCUGAAGAAAGAAUGAUUUACCAAAACAUUGGCUUAAGGGACAAAGAAAGGUACAAAAGAGAAUUGUCGGAGUACAAACAGAAAAUGAAGGUUGGGCAGACAGAAGAACUCGGGCGUCCAUAAAUCUAUCCCUUUUGGCAGCAGAAGAAGACCUUAGAAUUCUAUUAUAAUUUCUUCAAAAAAGAAAAAGAAUUCUAUUAUAAUUGGUUGACUUUUACAUGCAUAUAUUGUUGUGGAUAAUGGUCCACUGGUCUGAGGUUUACAGGGCUGGUGUCUUUCCUUAUAAAAAGAUAUAGUUUCAUGUGUCAGAUCCUUUUGGUUUGUUUAACCAAAUCUAGUAUGUACGCACUUGGUCCACACAGUGUCUCUUUGCUUAAACAGGUUUAAGUAGUAUAAGCAUCCAUAAGUAUCAUGAACUUUUUCCCGAACUAAAUGAAUUUUUAGAAGUUAA